ACUAAACCGUCAUUCACAAAGAAAAUAAAACAAUAACAAGAGAAAAAAAUUAUAGUCUUGUGAAAUUAUUAAUAAAAACUCAUAAUUUUUAAAGGAAAUUCACUUACAACUAAAGAAAAAUUAUAAAGAAAUGUUUCAGUUCAGUGGCUUUAACAUGAUGUUCCCAGAGACUGGGCGCAGUUUCAAGGCAUCCUACAAAUGUUUCUCGGUCUCCAUGUUGCCCGGCAAUGAAAGACAAGAUGUGGAAAAUGGUGGCAAAAUUAUCAUGCCCCCUUCCGCCUUGGAUUCAUUGACUCGUCUAAAUGUGGAAUAUCCUAUGUUAUUCAAGUUGAUCAACAACAAAAAAGCUAGAACCUCCCACGCUGGCGUUUUGGAGUUUGUGGCUGAUGAAGGCAAAUGCUAUCUACCCUAUUGGAUGAUGGACAAUUUGUUGCUGGAAGAGGGAGACAUUUUAACCAUUGAAAGUGUAUCUUUGCCGGUGGCUAAAUUUUCCAAAUUUCAGCCUCACAGCACUGAUUUUUUGGAUAUAACAAAUCCGAAGGCUGUUUUGGAAAAUGCUUUGCGUAAUUUUGCCUGUUUGACUACCGGCGAUGUGGUAGCCAUUAAAUACAAUAAAAAGGUUUAUGAAUUAUGUGUGUUGGAAACCAAACCGGGAAAUGCUGUAAGCAUUAUAGAAUGUGAUAUGAAUGUGGAGUUUGAAGCUCCAGUGGGUUACAAGGAGCCCACAGCCGUUAAAAGGGAGCCAGCUCCAGAAGAACAGCCCCAAGAUCAUGUUAUGGAAGAAGUGGUUGAAACAUUCAAAGGUUCCGGUGUCAGGUUAGAUGGUAAAAAGAAAAAGGAUUCUCAAUUGGAUAUGCCCGUCAUUAAAAAGAUUUUGGCUAGAGGUGUGCCCGAUUAUGACUAUAAAUUUGGUAUGCUAAAGUUUGAUCGUUCAAUUAAGCCCAUUAGCGAUCGCGUGGCAGAAAUUGAGUCCGCUCCCGAGCCGGAAGAAACUUUCCAGGGCCAGGGUUUUUCCAUGAAGAAAUCACGCAAAUAAAUUUAACAUUUUUUUUUAACAAGAUAUCGUUUAUUUUAAGAAUUUAAUAAAUUUUGGCUAAAAAUAUUUUACAAAGGUAA